AUGCCAAAGACAAGGAUACGUACAUAUCGUACAGAGCUACCAAGACACCAUCAGCCAUUGAGCCGCGAAGAAUUUACGACCGCUAUUAUCUGUGCACUGCCGCUGGAAUACGAUGCGGUAUGUUUAGUAUUUGACGAAUUCUGGGACGAAGAUGGAGAUCCGUAUGGAACAGCGCCCGGAGAUAUCAACACGUAUACAACCGGCAGAAUCGGGGACCAGAAUGUGGUUUUAACUCUAUUACAACGAAUGGGGAAGGCUAGUGCGGCAUCUGCCGUGGUCAGUAUGAGAUUGAGUUAUACGGGAUUACGGCAAGCGUUUCUAGUGGGCAUAUGUGGCGGUGUGCCUAACACUCAAGAUAGAACCGAGAUCAUGCUGGGGGACGUGGUCAUCAGCAAAAUGAUUGUCCAGUACGACUUUGGGAAGAAAUAUCCGGAUCGAUUUGUCCGCAAGUAUACUACCACGGAGGCCCAAAGAAGUGACAUCCAGGGAUUUGUGGUCAUGGCCGAGACAAUGCGGGGCCGGAAUAAGCUCCGUCAACAAGCAUCCAAGUUUCUAAGUCGACUACAGGAUAACGCCACUGAACAAGAAUGUGGAGCAAAAUAUGUAUAUCCAGGGAUAGCAAAGGAUGAGCUUUUUGAGCCCAGCUAUCGGCAUAAGCACCAUGAGUCGCCUAGCUGUAUAUGCAAAGAGUGUAACGAACUGACGUCUCCAGUUUGUGAUGAAGCUCUCACUGCUUCGUGCAAUGAGCUCGGCUGCAAUAGCAGAUUUCUUGUGCAGAGAGCGAGAUCGAUAAAUAACAAAAGCCGAGAACAGAAUACGAAUAUGCCGAAUGGGAUGCGGAUGCCGGCGAUACAUGUCGGAUCCGUUGCCUCCGGUGACACAGUGAUGAAGUCUGGAGUAGAUCGAGAUACAAUUGCUCGGAAAGAUGGUGUUAUUGCGUUUGAAAUGGAGGCAGCUGGAAUUUGGGAAGAAAUCCCAUGCCUCCUCGUCAAGGGUGUGAGUGAUUAUGCUGAUAGCCAUAAACACAGCGAAUGGCAACACUUUGCAGCGGCCACAGCGGCAGCUACCAUGAGUGCUCUUCUCAUGUCCUAUUCGGAGAAAGAGAAAACUCGCCUUGGUUAG